AUAAAUACCCCCAUCUAAAUGCAUUUAGAGCCCUCACUCAUUUCAAGUUUUCAAACCCCAAACACAAGCAAAAUUUUGAGAGAGAGAGAGAGAGAAAGAGAGAUGGAAGGUAUGGAACAUGAGCAUAUGGGAGUCAUGGCAUCACCAUCAUCCAUGAUGAGCGGCUCAAAUGGGAUGAUGCACCAUAAGAUGAUGAUGCACAUGACCUUCUUCUGGGGCACGAACGCCGAGGUGCUCUUCUCCAAGUGGCCAGGCUCAAGCACCGGCAUGUAUUACAUGUGUCUGCUCUUUGUCUUUGCCCUAGCUGUCAUCGUCGAGUGGCUGUCUCAUUGUCGUUUAAUCAAGGCUGGCUCAAGCGACGUCGUUUGUGGACUGGCCCAGACUUUCCUGCAUACCAUUAGGGUUGGGCUGGCUUAUAUGGUCAUGUUGGCCGUCAUGUCGUUUAAUGUUGGUGUGUUUCUUGUGGCUGUUGCUGGGCACGCUGUUGGGUUCUUGCUGUUUGGGAGUAGGGUUUCCAAGAAACCAGAUCCUGAGGAUGAAAAGGACUCUGAUCUUCCUCCUAUGAGUUGUUGAUUAUUUUUAUUAAUGGAAAUAUUAAAUGGGGCUUCUUCUUUUUUCUUGAUUUUAUGGAUUUCUUUUCAGA